CACAUCCUCGGGGCUACAAGUGAGCCCAGGAGCUCUGAAGCUCUGAGAGGACUCUCAUGCAGGAUUCAUGAGGGAUCAGGCUCAUUGGUGGUAGGAGGGGUGCUGAGUCUGGUGCCUGGGGAAUGCAGGGCUGGGGGUGGGGAAGGAGGUUCUCCAUCCCUGGGAAUGUGGGGAAUGCAUGGUCUCCACAACAAUUUGCUCUUCAGAGUCUGUCCAGUUAAUGAGUGAGUCCCAAGUUUGUCAGCAUGGCUGAUGUUGGCACAGCCACCUCUGCCCUAUGAAAAAGACACAAGUAUCCCCUUGGCCUGUACCCUCUUGGGAGCCUUGUCCAGCAGCAGAAUUCAAUGCCCACCCAGGAGCAGGGGGGGACAUGGCAGACUCCCAUCAGUGACCUUCCUGCCAUGGCCACAGUGCCUACAGAGAGGAAGGGCAGGAAGCUGGGGGGGCUGUGGGGCUUUUUAUGAGCUUCUUGGGGGCCUGAUGGUGAGGAAGGGCUGGAGCAGGAGCACAGGAGGAGGCUGUGCAGGGCACACCGGGGUUGGGUGCUGCUGCUGGGGAUGCCCCAAGCACGUAAAGGAAUUGGUGUCUGUGCUGUGGCCCACCCCAUGAGAAAGAAAAGCUAUUUCACCUCCAAGAGGAUCCUCAGGGUGUCCCAGUGGGAUAGCUAGUGGCUUUUGCACUGUAGGGAUAGAUCCUGCAAGGGUCAAAAUCAGUGUGUCUUGACAGGUUUGAUCCCACAGAGGAUGUGGCUGUGCAUAAAGGCCAUUCUCUCCCCUGUACCACCAGAGGCAGGGAUGGAACCUGGACUGUGGGCAGUUGGCACUGUAAUGUGUUGGGUGUCCUCACCGUGGGUGGCUGUCACUUGGCCCUUGUGGUGACAACCCAGGGUGCCACUUGCAUUCCUGGCCACAAGAGCAGGUUACUCACCAACUCAAGUUAAUGGCUAACCCUGUGGCAGCUCCUGUAUAAGGUGGAAGUUCAGCUGUCCAAGGGCUGUGAUGAGCCCUCGGGGUGGGGGUGGGAACCUGCCCACCUCCUCUGCACCACAAACCAGGAGCGUUGUAGGGAGGCAGCAGCAUGAAUGGGGGCCACCACGGAGUGCCUGGUGCUGGGAGCCCCGUGCUCACAUCCUGGUUCCUGCAGAAGAUGUGCUUCUGGAUGCUGAGCUGUUGCUUAGCCCUUCAGCACCUGGCCGUGCAGGCCUCCUUGCUCUGCAUCUUCCACCUCCUCCUGCUGCCCACCCUGCCUGAGGAGCUGCCCCAUGCCCAGGCCCCCAGUGAGCUGUUGGCACGCAGCCUCUUUGCCUGCGGCAUCUCCACACUGCUGCAGACCACUCUGGGGAGCCGGCUGCCGCUGGUUCACAUCCCAUCCUUUGAGUACCUGGUGGCUGCCACGGUGCUGAGCUCCCACCUGUCCCUCGGUGCCACCACAGACAGGAAUGGCACAGCUGUGGCCAGCGCCUGCCCUGCACCACACUGCACUGUCACAGCGAGCUGGGCUGCCUCACUGCAAGAGGUCUCGGGAGCCGUGCUGGUCUCUGGGCUGGUUCAGCUGGCGCUGGGAGUGUCUGGUGUGUGGGGGUGGGCAGCCCAGCGCUGCGGGCCCAUGGUCCUGGCCCCUUGCUUCUCCAUCAUUGGCCUGUCUGCAUACAAGGAAGCUGCUUUCUUCUGCUCCACUAACUGGGGGGUAGCACUGCUGCUCAUGCUCCUGGCUGUCACCUUCUCCCAGCACCUGGGGUCCUGCCGCCUGCCCUUCUGUGCCUGGCUCCAGGCUCAGAGGGGCCUCACGGAGCCCUCUGUCCCCACCCUGCGCAUGUUCUCGGUACUGCUCCCGUUUGCUGGCAUCUGCGUCAUCUGGGCCAUCCUCAACCACCUCCACAUCUCUUGGGAAUCGCUGGACCUGGGCAUGGCACGGCUGUCCUGGGCCAACAGCACCUUCCAUGCUGCUUGGGUCCACAUCCCCUACGCAGGCGAGUGGGGGUGGCCACUGCUCACCCCCCGGGCGCUGGCAGUGGGCAUCGCCAUGGCCAUCAGCUGCAGCAUGAACUCAGUGGGCUGCUACGUGCUGUGCGGGAGGCUGCUGCGAGCCCCCCGGCUGCCCCCCCACGCCUGCAACCGGGGGCUCUGCACGGAAGGGCUGGGCAGCGUCCUGGCAGGGCUGCUGGGCAGCGCAGGGGGCACGGCUGCCAGCAUUGCCAACACCUGCACCAUCAGCCUUACUGAGGCUGGCUCCCGCCUCUCGGUGCAAGUAGGCGCACUGGCGUGUGUAGUGCUGGGCAUGUCCCCAAGGCUGGCAGAGCUCCUCACCCGCAUCCCGCUGGCAGUGCACGGAGGGGUGCUCUGUGUCACCUAUGCCGUGGCUGUGGGCAUGGGGAUCUCCUACUUCCAGUACGCAGACAUUGACUCGGGGAGGAACAUCUUCAUCGUUGGCUUCACCAUGUUCAUGGCGCUGCUGGUGCCGCGGUGGUUUGGCAUGAGCCCAGCUCAUUUGGCCACAGGCUGGGUGCCCUUGGACCUCUUCUUCCUCUCUCUGCUCAUGGUACCUAUCUUCUUAACUGGCUUCUUGUCAUUUUUCCUGGAGAACACGGUCUCAGGAACCAUGGAGGAGCGAGGGUUGCUCUCUGAGCUAGUGCCACAGAAGGCCAAGGAGGGCAAUUGCCACCCACGUGGAGAGAGAGGCAAAGCGAGCCAGGUGUAUGGGCUCCCCACCGGGCUGAGGAGGCUGCUGCCAUCCUCCUGCAAAGCCUUCCCCUGCUGCUUCCUCUGCCCAGGGAGGGAGGAAGAGGAGGAGAAGGAGGAAGAGGAGAGCUGCCAUGUCACUGAGGAGGAGACUGGUGCCCCAGGGGAAGGGACGCAUCUGCUCCCCAAAUGUGGCCUGGGGCAGCAGCAGCUGGCCAGCAGGCCAGGCGAGACAGAGGUGCCUGCAUGGCACACCGUGGCCUGACCCUGCAGCGUGAGGACACCUCAGAGGGGGUUGUGUCCCCAGGGCAGCUUGCCAGCCACUUGACUCCUCACUUCUGAAGCUCACGUGGACUGGAGGGACCUGCACUUUCACACUCCCAGCACAGACCUGAUUUUCCCCAUUGGCAGUGAGCUAUAAAAACCGUGAACCAGA